AUGUCGUGUUUUAUAAGUGGAUGUAAAUCAAAAAUAAAAAAAAAGGACAACGACAGUGAACUGCGUAUAGCUAUGUUUAGGACCACAUCAGAUGAAAUUUUUCGUUUAUGGCAAAAAGCUAUUCCAAACGGCAAUUCGUUGCGAAAGCACCAUCGCAUUUCUGAACUUCAUUUUAAAAAAGAUGAAGUCGAGAAAGAAUUCAUCCACGUUCUUCCCGAUGGCAGUAGAUAUACAUUGCCAAAGGAUAAAUGUUCCCUAAAAAAAGGUUCGGUGCCGUCUAUUUUUCCAUUAAUUGAGAAAGAAACCAAUGCAGAAGAUCGACAACCAUCCGCUGUUACCUUCAGGAAUAGUAACCAAGAGGUCGAAGUUUUUGAAAAUGCCGGAAAAGUAAGAAAUGAAAUAGUUAACAAAGCUGCAGAAAAUACGGAAUAUUUACGAAGUAUUAGCCAAGAGAAUGUAGUCCUUGAAAAUAACGGAAAUUCACGAAGUUAUGAGAUUACACUAGACAAAACGUUUAAAAGACAAUGUUUAGACGAAACUGCAAUUGAGCCUGCGAAAGAAUUAACGUAUAGCGCUGAAAUAAAUUUUACACCAACAAUUGCGGAUAGUUGUCGGCAACAUGGUACACUGUACGAUCUUGCUGGUACUUUGCGUGAAUCGGAACCUCCUGCGGCGAAUGCACAGUUUCAAACAAUCUGUAAUGAUCUCAUCAAAAAUCCUCAAGCAAUUCCGUUACCUGCAACGUGGAUUCCACAGGUAAUAAGUACUGGACUGCCAUGCAUAAUGUGCGCAGAAUGGAAAAAACAAUACAGUGGAAUAUAUAAACGUAUCAUCCUUUUUCCGGAUAUGAGUGUAAAAAUUUACAUCGAAGAAUAUCUUAUUUCUAUCGCCCAAAUCAACAAAGUGGAAGAUGUCGAUGAUAUUAAUGAAUUGAUAUCCUUUGUUGCUCAGGCAGUGUUUCCUUGCCAGAAAAUUGGCGGCAUAAAGAAAGCACCGACUUGCCCUGGGUAUAUUGUAACGAAGAUUUCUGCACCUGGUCCAAAAUUAAGUACAUGUACGGAUUGCACAAUUCUACGACAGAAUCGAAAGAAGAUACUUACUGCUACUGAUCAGAUUAUUAUAAAAUUAUAAAAGAUUAUUAGAUAAUUAUAAAAGAAACAAAAAUAGAAUGAUAAAAAAGAUUGCUGAUCUGAAAGAUAAAGUGCAAAGUCUGAAAAGUAAAUGCGCUAUGGCAGAUGGGAAAGCAGUACAAAAAGCUUGUGAGACGUUACCCGAAGGUCAACGGACUGCCGUGCAAGCAUGUCUUAACGCAUCAAAAGUAAAAGAUAAAAGAGGUAUUAGGUAUACAAACCAGAGUGCCUUCUAUUAAGAAUUAAGAGUCGAAAAACGUACAAUCAUUUACGCAAUCAUAAUAUAUUAUCUUUACAAACAUUAAAUCGCUACACGAGAGUAAUAAAACGUUCUUAUGGUUUCGAUGCAAAAACUUUGGGUGUUUUGAAGACAAAAGUCGAGUCCAUGGAUCAAUCAGAUGUACAUGGCAAGUGUUAAUAAAAAAUUGAUAUAAUUGUAA